CUCUCUCUCUCUCUCUCUCUCUACAUUACAUCCACACUAUACACUACACACUUUAUAAUGAUCACCCCACUCAAUCAUCUCUUCAAAAUUCCACAUUACAAAGAUAACCCCAAUUUCACCGCAUAAUCAUGGAGCAGCCUCAAUUUCAGCCCAUUUUCAAGCCGCCGGAAACUCCGACGGAGACGAUGGAGUUCCUUUCCCGAUCGUGGAGUCUCUCGGCUCAUGCAAUCUCUAGAGCUCUAGCUCCGCCGCCGGCGUCAGAGCACCAGGCUACCAACAACCCACAAAAAUGCGCCGUUAAAGUUGCCGCCCAGACCAUACAUGAGGACGCCGACGCCGAGCUGGACGAGCCGCCGGCUCCGGCCUCCUUACUAAGAAACCCCUUCUCGUUUUCUUAUUCGGACACGUCUCAGCUCAUCAUGGAGCGUAUAAUGUCUCAAUCUCAGGAGGUAUCACCACGCACUUCAGGAAGGCUAUCACAUAGCAGCGGCCCUCUUAAUGGCUCGCUCACCGAUAGUCCCCCAGUUUCUCCAUCUGAGCUGGAUGACCCAAAGAUGCAGUACUUGCGCACGAACAUCAACCACUACAAGACCUCUUCAGGCACAGCCAACGGCGGUGGGAAAACCGUCGGGCGAUGGCUCAAGGAAAGGAGAGAGAAGAAGAAAGAAGAGGCGCGGGCCCACAAUGCGCAACUCCACGCGACUGUAUCAGUAGCUGGAGUGGCGUCGGCAGUUGCCGCCAUUGCGGCCGCCACUGCCGCCGCGUCCGGCGAGGCGGCGGACAUGGCGGUGGCGUCGGCCGCCACUCUGGUGGCGGCACAGUGUGUGGAGGCGGCUGAGGUAAUGGGGGCCGAGCGGGAACACUUAGCUUCUGUUGUUAGCUCGGCCGUUAAUGUUCGGUCGCCCGGAGAUAUUAUGACCUUGACGGCAGCUGCUGCUACCGCUUUACGUGGGGCCGCCACAUUAAAGGCAAGAGCAUUGAAGGAUGUGUGGAAUCUGGCGGCCGUGAUCCCGGUUGAGAAAGGAAUGGGAGUUGCUAGUAAUGGAAGUUCGAAUGGGAGCUUCAGCGGCGAAGAACUUGUUUCGGAGGAGAAUUUCCUUGGGAUUUGUAGUCGAGAGUUGCUUGCCAGAGGCUGUGAACUGUUGAAGAAAACGCGCCAGGGUGAUCUGCAUUGGAAGAUAGUGUCUGUCUAUAUUAACAGAGUGGGUCAGGUAAUGCUGAAAAUGAAAAGUCGUCAUGUAGCCGGGACAGUCACUAAAAAGAAAAAGAAUAUUGUUUUAGAGGUGCUGAAGGAUAUUCCGGCAUGGCCUGGCCGUCACUUGCUUGAAGGCGGUGAGCAUCGAAGGUACUUUGCCUUAAAGACCAUUGCACGUGGGGUCGUCGAAUUUGAAUGCAGGAAUCAAAGGGAGUACGAUAUUUGGACACAAGGGGUUUCAAGAUUACUCACUAUUGCUGCUGAAAGGAAUAACAGACACAGAAUUUGAUGCUACUUUUGGAAAAUUUCAGGAAAGUUUUUGAUGGGAUUAUUAAGGAUAGGGUGAAAUGUAUUCUCAUCUCCAUUUGGGCUUUUGCUUGGACCAACUAUUAUUGAUUUUGAAAGUUUGGGUUUGGGGAUUGGUGNAAG